AUGCGAAUGCGUGUACGAGGGCCCUCGGGUCAGUCAGCAGUGUCUCUAGAUGAGUCUGCCACCGUUCACGACCUUCGGACGCAAAUUGCAGAAAGCACUGGUCUGGUCUCCUUCGAGGUGAAAUAUGGAUACCCAAAUCUCAAACCCCUGGACCUCGAUCAGUUUCAAUCUGAUCAAAAGAUAACCGAUCUUGGGGUCAAUCUGAAUGGAGAACAACUGAUUGUCGCACACCGAGAGGAAGCUGCCCGACCCAGUGAUCCACCAUCCCUAAAGCAACCCAGUCCUGCCAUCCCACACUCAUCGCAACGACUUUCAUCGUCACAAUAUCCGCGGUCAACUGCCGAUGACCCUCCUGAGAUUGCUUCCCCCGAACAUGCUGGUACAUUUGUGCUCCGAGUCAUGCCCGAUGAUAACUCGUGUCUCUUCCGAGCAGUAGGCGCGGCGGUCAUGGGUGACAUGGAUACAAUGGUCGAACUACGAUCGAUCAUCGCGGGAGCUAUUCAAUCAAAUCCCUCAGAGUACUCGGCAGCAAUCUUAGGCAAGAAGCCGGAUGAAUAUUGUCAGUGGAUCCAGAAUGAUGACUCGUGGGGUGGCGCCAUCGAGCUCAAGAUCUUGAGCGAAUAUUUCAAUAUCGAAAUCUGUUCCAUCGACGUGAAAACUCUGCAUAUAUUUCAAUUCAACGAAGGUGCUCCGACUCGUUGCAUCGUGGUCUACUCGGGGAUUCACUACGACGUUCUAGCACUCUCUCCCUCUGACCCACCAUAUACUCGUGCCAAUCCAUUUGCACACGGCGACACCAAAAUCUUUGAAUCUAUCGACCCAGUCGUGUUGGAGAAGGCGAAAGAGUUGUGCCGCGUUUUACAAAGCAAGCAUUACUACACCGAUACCGCUGGGUUCUCUGUCCGUUGUAACACGUGCGGGGGCACCUUCACCGGGGAGAAGGGAGCGACUAAGCAUGCCUCAGAGACUGGACACUAUGACUUUGGGGAGGCUAAUUAG